CACCAGCCGACCACAGCCAACACAGACUCAAGAUGCCUUUCAAGCCACACUACCUAUUGGUGUCCCUGACUCUCUGCUGGUCCGUGGCUCUUCAAGCAUUCCCCAUGAACGGCUGUGCUGCAUGUCAGAAGUGUCGCUGCAUCCGGACGUCCUCUGCUUUCAUCUCUCCAAGGCUGUUCCACAGGAUAGAGAUCCUACCUCCAGGUGCCCACUGUCGUCAAACAGAGAUCAUUGUUACCAAGAAGGACAAAGCCACCGUCUGUGUGACUCCAGAUGCAAGAUGGAUCAACAAAGUCAUUGUCAAGUUACAAAGUACCAACAAGAAGAAGAGAAGUGCAUAACUUCCCCAUCUCAACCACCAUUGAGUGAAUUGGAACAGGAAUGUAUCAAGUUGGAGCUAAAUGGAAAUGUGAUCCCAAUGUGACACCAAUGUAAUACCAAUGUAAUACCAAUGUGAUACCAAUGUGAUACCAAUGUAAUACCAAUGUAAUACCAAUGUAAUACCAAUGUAAUACCAAUGUGAUACCAAUGUAAUGCCAAUGUAAUACCAAUGUAAUGCCAAUGUAAUGCCAAUGUAAUGCCAAUGUGAUACCAAUGUAAUAGCAAUGUGAUGCCAAUGGAUUCUAUUCAAAUAUGAUUCCAAUACCAAGUUAAUUAGUUUAUCUGAAAUGAUCUCAGUAUGUAUUGUUAGGUUCUUAUUAUUCAGAGUAAAUAACCCAUGGACACUA